CAUGUUCCUCUUCCGACCUUCCCUUCCUUUCCCUCGCCUCUCCCUGACUCUCACCAACCCCCUUUCUCUGCCCUUUGAGCAACAAACCAGUCGUUUCAAAUCGCAGAUCAGGGAAGAAAUCCAACGGACCACAUGGCUCUAUCAACAUCUCUUCGUUCCAAACUCAUCAAACCCCUCACCGCCCUCACCGCCUUAUCAUCCACCCACCAUCUCCGCAGUCCCUUUUCCUCUUCCGCCGACGACACCACCGUCCUCACCAUCGAGACCAGCGUCCCCUUUAUCGGCCACAGAUGCGAGCCACCCUCGCGCAACGUCGAAACCACUCCCAAAGAGGUGCUCGGAUUCUUCCGCGAUAUGGCGUUGAUGCGCCGGAUGGAGAUUGCUUCCGACUCCCUCUACAAAUCCAAGCUGAUCCGUGGUUUCUGCCACCUCUACGAUGGACAGGAAGCGGUGGCAGUUGGUAUGGAGGCCGCAAUUACCAGAAGGGAUUGCAUCAUCACCGCCUAUCGCGACCACUGCAUCUACCUCGGCCGCGGCGGAACCCUAUUUGAGAUCUUCUCCGAACUCAUGGGCCGCCAGUCUGGGUGUUCCAGGGGGAAAGGUGGCUCCAUGCAUUUCUACAAGAAGGAAAACGGUUUCUAUGGCGGCCACGGUAUCGUCGGAGCUCAAAUUCCUCUUGGUUGCGGGCUGGCCUUUGCGCAGAAGUACUCCAAGGACGAGACUGUGACGUUCGCCAUGUACGGUGAUGGAGCAGCGAACCAGGGGCAGUUGUUCGAGGCGCUUAAUAUGGCGGCGCUUUGGGAUUUGCCGGCGAUUUUGGUUUGCGAGAACAAUCACUAUGGAAUGGGUACGGCAGAGUGGAGAGCAGCCAAGAGUCCAGCAUAUUACAAGCGUGGGGACUAUGUGCCUGGGUUGAAGGUAGAUGGUAUGGAUGUUCUUGCUGUGAAACAGGCAUGCAGAUUUGCUAAGGAGCAUGCUUUAAAAAAUGGACCCAUUAUUCUUGAAAUGGACACUUAUAGGUACCAUGGUCACUCCAUGUCUGAUCCUGGGAGUACAUACCGUACGCGUGAUGAGAUUUCUGGUGUGAGACAGGAGCGUGAUGCAAUUGAAAGAGUAAGAAAGCUGAUCUUAUCUCAUGAGCUGUCUACUGAAGCGGAACUAAAGAGUAUUGAGAAGGAAAUCAGAGGUCAAGUAGAUGACGCUAUUGCACGAGCCAAGGAAAGUCCAAUGCCAGAUCCUUCUGAACUCUUCACCAACGUAUAUGUGAAAGGUUUUGGGAUUGAGGUGGCAGGAGUAGAUAGGAAAGAAGUCAGAGGGGUGCUUCCAUGAGAUCCAAAAUUACCAAAAUGUUCCAACAGCCCCACCCAAAAUAAAUAAAAUGUGUUAAACUGUGCUUCCAUGAGAUCCAGGUUCCAACAGCUCCACCAAAAUAAAUAAAAGGUGUCAAGUGAUGAGGGUCAUGUCUUGCUGUAUCCUCUUUGACCCUUAUUCCCUGUACAGAAAAUUGAUUCUUCUCAAGUCACGGUGUAGAAUUUUUACCUAUGAGGUAUGUAUGUAGUUUUUUGGGGGUGUUUGCAAUCCAACAUUUCUAUGACUAAUUUGAAUGUGGUGCUUUUGUGCUUCUGGCAUCACUGGCAAUCAAAUUUCACUUUGAUUAGUGAAAAGUUUCUUUACACAAAUCUAUAAGCGGGUCUCCCAAAAGUUUAGCA